AUGCUUGGCCUUGGCAUCAUCCUGGUUCUCUGCCUCAGUGCAGUUAACAGUCAGUUUCCAAGAGUCUGCACCACUGACGCUGCUUUUCGUACCAAGAGCUGUUGCCCUCUUUGGAAAGACAAAAGUCCAUGUGGGUCUCGCUCGGGUCGAGGACGUUGUCAAGAUUUAGUGGCUUUAAGAGGUAAAGUUCCUCAAUAUAACGACGACCGAUUCAACUGGCCACAGAACUAUUAUGACCAUACCUGUGAGUGCUAUGGUAAUUUUGGUGGCUUUGACUGUGGUGACUGCAAGUUCGGUUAUUUUGGGGACAAGUGUGAUCGUAAAAAGAUUGUUGUUCGGAGAGAGAUCAGAGAGUUGUCUGUAUUAGAGAGAAAAAGAUUCUUCAGUUAUCUGGCUCUGGCUAAGACCACAAAAAGUAAAGACUUUGUUAUCCUGAGCACUGGAGACCGACACCAUCGAGAAACAUAUCGCUUUGUGGAUGCUUCUCUUUACGAUAUCUUUUCAUGGACCCAUUAUUACGCCAUGAAGCCAAUUAUGACAAACAGCACAUUUAAUCCUAAUAAAAACUUUGCCCAUCAGGGUCCUUCUUUUCCUGGUUGGCAUCGUCUGGGGAUUUUGUUUUUGGAGAGGCAGAUUCAGCUUAUGACCGGAGAUGAAAACUUUGCUGUUCCGUAUUAUGACUGGCGAUCAGACGAGAACUGCACAAUCUGUACCGAUGACUUUCUGGGGACCAAUGAUGAACAGGGGCUCCUCAACCCAUACUCACACUUUUCUUUUUGGAGGUCCAUUUGCAGCGGGUUCAACUAUCCUGAUGCCUAUUGCCCUGUGGCGGACACAGAGUAUAAAAUGGAGAGAUUACAUAGAAAGCCGGGCACAACACCCUAUGCACCAAAGCUGCCCACAUUUCAGGAUGUGGAGAAUACACUGAAGCUUAGAUAUUUUGACACACCUCCAUUUAAUGAGACAUCCAGGCGCAGCUUCCGCAAUGCUCUAGAAGGGUUCUUGUCUCCAACAGAUGGGGUGACACUAAGAAGGAGCAUGCAUAACCUGGUGCAUGUAUACCUGGGUGGCACAAUGUCCCAAAUCCCAAUAUCAAGCAAUGAUCCAAUCUUCAUCUUGCAUCAUGGCUUCAUUGACAAAAUUUAUGAACAAUGGAUACUGAGAUACAAUGCUUCCCCAGAUAUAUAUCCAGAAAACAAUGAGAUUGGACAAGGUCCAAACAACUGCACCACUCCCUACUUCCCAUGCAUAAAGAACAAAGACCUUGUCCGCAGUUCUAUAGAAUUUGGAUAUCGUUUUUCAUCAUUUCAAGACAAAAAACAUUGCAUCAAAACAUUUGAAAAUCUGGUGUUUAAGGAGGUUAAUAAAUUACAGAACAAGGUGAAGUCCAAUAAAUUGAGGAGAUUAAGUAAUCCUGUUGUUAAUUUCACCACAGCGGAACCUAAAGCCCUUAAGGAUUUAAAGAAUAAUAAAAAUAUAAUCCUAAAAGCUGCGGAUAAGGGCAGAGCCACUGUGGUGAUUAAUAAACAGGAUUAUAAGAGUGAGAUAUAUUCUCAAUUAAAUAUGGGGAAUGUAAAUGCAAAACUUGGAGAUACCUCCAUGUUCGGGUUGGGAGAAGUCCUGAGCCAGGUGGAUGAGGAGGGCCAUGAGAACCCCGUAGCCUACAUCAGCCAAAAACUAUUGCCUAGAGAGGUGGCCUAUGCAGCAGCAGAGAAGUGCUCUCAAGAAGCUACAACCUUAUCUGUACGGGAGAUCAUUUACAGUGCUCAUGGAUCAUAA